CUUUCCUUGUUUCUCCUUCUGUUUCUUGUUAAUCUCUCUACCUAUAAAUAUCUAUGGAGAUGGAGAAGUGGGAAAAGUCGCAACGAGAAGACAGAUAUCGACACGCGAGGACAAACCCAUCUUUCUCUUCGACCCUUCUGGACGCUAUCUAUCGCUCUAUCGAUGAAGGAGACGACGGAGGAGAAGAAGAGAUGGUUCUCUACAGAGAAACUAUGAGAAAGAAACAGAGUAGCAGUGUUCGAGGAAGCAGCGUUUUACCGCAGGAAGAGAUAGCAAAUCUUCGACGAACCGACCUGAUCGAACAAUGGAUGGAGAAGAAGGUAAGUGAGAAGGUCGUAGUCCGUCGGAAGUCAUCAGUGGCGGAUUUCGAUUUCAACCCACCAAAGUUACCAAGGGAUCGGAAUUCUGUGUUGUUCAAUUCUACUUCAAGUUCCUCAGAUUCUAGCUGCGGAGGUGGGUUUUCUUUUUCUGAAGCCGAGUCAGUUUACGGAGCGAGAUCAAGUUCCUCAGGUUUGAAACCGGUUCGAACUGUGGUUUCCGUUUAAUCGGAGAAACCUCCGCGCUAUGAACAGCAGCAGAGGAAGUCCAACGAUUUUGAUAAUCAUUACCAGGGGAGAAAUGACUCUGUAUCUCAGCAGAAGCCAAAGCACGAAGGUGGUUUCAUCAAGACAAAGUCGAGAGCUUUAAAGAUCUACGGCGAUCUAAAGAAAGCGAAGCAGCCCAUCUCGCCCGGUGAUCGACUCACCAGCUUUCUCAAUUCUCUGUUCACCGCAGGUUAUCCGAAGAA